CUGCAACAUUUCCUCCUUCAUUCACGAUUUUAAAACCUUCUUCUCCCACUCGGUCCAUUGAACCUCUUUUAAUUCGGUUUUCGUCUCUGCUCAGGUCUCUUUCAUUUCUUCCCUUCUUUCUCCUUUCUGGCGCUUCUUCUGGGAGGCAAAGCCACAGUUGAACAAUGGCGAAGGUCGUGGCCAUUUUGUUCUUCACCUUCGUUGUUCUUUGUCGUAUCAGCCAUGUGAGAUCGGAUGCUUCAAAUCAUCGUUACAAAGAAGGAGAUAUUGUGCCCUUUUAUGUUGCAAAGGUUGGGCCAUAUAAGAAUCCCAGUGAAACAUAUGGUUAUUAUGAUCUCCCGUUCUGCAUGCCAGAUCGCGUGAAGGAAGAAAAGGGAGCUCUCAGUGAAGUCUUAAUUGGAGAUCGUUUAGUCAGUGCUCCUUAUCGGCUUGAAUUCCGAAUGAACAAAAAUUCUGAAGUACUCUGCAAAAAAACACUCAAGAAGGAAGAAGUGGCCAAGUUUCGAUCCAUUGUUCAGAAGGAUUACUACUUUGAAAUGCAUUAUGAUGGCUUACCUAUUUGGGGUUUCAUAGGAGAAGUUCGUCAGGAAGGACAUCAUCCAAGUGACAAUAAGUACUACAUGUACACACAUAUUCACUUUAGCAUCUUCUACAACAAGGAUCGUGUUAUUGAAAUCAUAGCACGUACAGAGCAUGAUUCUUUUGUGGACCUUACAGAUGAUAAUGAAGUAGAUGUGGAAUUUCUGUAUACCACAGAAUGGAUGCAUACUGACACUCCUUUUGAGAAGAGGAUGGACAAGUACCAUGAAUCAUCCUCAUGGCCCCAUUGGUUCUCAAUCUUAAAUUCAUGUGUGCCAAUUCUCCUUCUAACUGGGUUUCUUGCAACCAUUUUAAAGCGGGUCCUUCAGAAUGAUUUCAUCAAGUAUGUCCAUGAUCAGGAAUCUGCAAAGGACGAGGAAGAGACUGGUUGGAAGCGUCUUCAUGGAGAUGUAUUUAGGUUUCCCAAGUAUAAGUCUCUACUUGCAGCUGCACUUGGAUCUGGCACCCAACUGUUAGCUCUUAUAGUGUUCAUAUUCAUUUUGGCUUUUUUUGGCGUAUUCUAUCCAUACAAUCGAGGCGCUCUGGCCAAAGCACUUGUUAUGAUAUAUGUACUAACUUCAGUGUUUGCUGGCUAUACUGCAACCAGAUUUUAUUGUCAGCUAGAGGGAACAAAAUGGGUUAGUAAUCUGCUAUUGACUGGAUGUCUUUCUUGGGGACCUCUAUUUCUCACAUUUUGCUAUCUGAACAUUGUUGCAAUUGCUUACAAUGUUACUUCUGCCCUUCCAUUUGGUAAAGUUAUGGUGAUGGUUCUGAUAUGGACUCCUGUAACAUUGCCUUUGCUUGUGUUGGGUGGGAUUGCUGGGAAGAAGAACAAAGCAGAAUUCCAAGCUCCUUGCCACACAAGUAAAUAUCCUAGAGAGAUUCCCUCUUUGCCGUGGCAUCGCAGAGCGAUUUCUCAUAUUGCAAUGGCAGGGUUUUUGCCAUCUUGUGUUGUGUGCACUGAACUUUACUACACAUUUGCCUGUCUUUGGGGUUACAGGAUCUAUAGCUCCUACAGCAUUUUGUUCAUUGUCUUCAUCAUCCUCUUGAUUGUCACUGUGAUCACUACUAUGGCUUUGACAUACUUCCAGCUUGCUGCUGAGGAUUAUGAGUGGUGGUGGAGACCAUUUCUGUAUGGUGGAUCAGCAGGCAUAUAUAUUUGUGCCUAUUGUUUGUACUACUACUAUGCACGCUCUGAUAUGUCUGGAUUCUUGCAGAUCUCGUUUUUCUUUGGAUUCACGGCUUGUAUAUGCUAUGGUUUCUUCUUGAUGCUUGGAACUGUUGGAUUUUUCGCAGCUUUGCUCUUUGUUCGUCACAUUUAUGGAUCUAUCAAAUGUGAGUAGGAACUGAGAUACAAGAACACCUGAAAUAAGACUGUAUUUGGGUUUGGGUUUAUAUACAUGCAUACAUAUAUAUAACCAGUGUCUUCCCUUUUUAGGCACUGUGAAUAGAGAUUGAUGCUUUUUGCAUUGCAGAAUAUAUAUUUAUGUUGUACUGUGUAGAGAAACUUUUAAUUAGCAAUUUCAAAUGAGGCGUUUCAAUUGUUUUA